AUGUCCUAUCCACCACCUAACUACGGCCACGGCCACCCGCAAUACACCCAGCCGCCGCCGCCGCAGGGCUACCCCGCCCCUGGCCCGUACCCUCCGUCCUCGUACCCAGCACCCACUGGUGCCCAUCCAGCCCAUCCUAUCCCAGCUCCCUACGGCGUCCCUGGCGGUGGAAAUCCCGGCCCCCCAGGAAGCGCAGGGGCAUAUCCCUCGCCAUCUCCACAACCUCCGUACCAGGCGUCUCCCGGCCCGUAUCCGCAAUACCCUGCACAUGGCCACCCGGCCCAACCUCCCGCUCCGUACCAGCAACCUCCUUCCGGCCCAGGCUCCUACGGCCAAGCAAACCCGCCCUAUGGUUCCGCCCCUCCUCCCAAUCCAUACGGGACUCCGCCGCCCCCGCACGCCGCGCCCUACCCGCCAGGCCAAUACCCGCCGGCGGCUGGAUAUCCGCCCCAGGGCUAUCCGCCUGGCCCGCCUCCGCCGGGCGUCGGGCCCUACGGCGCACCAGGGGGCUAUCCGCCUGCUGCACCUGUGCCCGCGCCUCCAUCUCUAGGUUAUGACCCAGACCAACGUGCGUCCGGUGACGCAAGCAAGGAAGCGGACGCUCUGCGCAAGGCCAUGAAGGGUUGGGGUACAGACGAAGCAGCGCUGAUCAAUGUUCUCGCGAAACCGGAUCCGCUGCACAUGGCGCUGAUCCGGCACACAUACAUGGAUCGGCACGGUCGCAACCUCGAGAAGGAUCUGAAGAGCGAAUUGUCCGGUGACUUCGAGACCAUCAUGCUCUCUCUUGCUGCGGGACCGCUUGGCCAAGACAUCAGGUACCUUCGCGAUGCGAUGUCGGGAAUUGGAACGGACGAAACGGCCAUAAAUGACGUGCUGAUCGGCCGCUCGAAUGCGGACCUCCGCGCUAUCAAGUACGGCUACGUCCAGCGGUACAAUAAGGCGCUGGUCGACGAUAUCAAGAGCGACCUCUCCGGCAAGACGGAGAAAUUCUUCCUCAUGCUCCUGAACGCCGUGCGGCCCGAGAGCGGGACCUACUUCGACCAGGCGAGCGUCGACAAAGAUGUGCACGAGCUGCACCUCGCGACGAACGCGAAGACCGGAACAGACGAACUCGGCGUCUCGGCCGUCUUCCUCGGCGCAAGCGAUCAGAAGCUUGUUGCAAUUUCGCAAGCCUUUGAAGCAAAGUACCACAUCUCGCUCGAGAAGACGAUCAAGGAUGAAUUCAGCGGGCAUCUGGAGAAAGCCCUCCUUGCCAUUCUGGCCAGAGCAAAGGAUCCGCUGAAGUUCGACGUCGAAACUAUGCUGGCUAUUGUGCCGCCGGGCGGCGUCAAGGCAGAUAUCAAGAGGCUGAUCUACUGGGUGGUCCGGUUGCAUUGGAACCCGCCAUAUCUUGCGCAGAUUAAGGAGGCGCUCCAGAAGCGGACGGGGAGUAACUUUGGGAAGAGAAUUAGGGGGGCUCUGCCGGGCGGGGAUCUGACAGAGGCGGUGCUGCGGGUUUGGUCUUGA